GCAAGGCCAGCUAGGCCUUGCCGCACUCAUCAGAGUCGAAGACGCCUUCACUUGCCUCUUCGUCGUGUCAUGGUGCCGUAGAAAGUCGUGCUUGAGGGACCGCUGGAAGAAACCGGAGUGAAAUCAUGGCACCCAAGCGGAAUAACAUGAUCCCCAAUGCUCAUUUCCACAAGCAUUGGCAAAACUACGUGAAAACGUGGUUCGAUCAGCCUGCCAGAAAAGCUAGGAGGCGAAAGAACAGGAUCGAGAAGGCUAGGAGGAUAGCUCCACGCCCUGUCUCUGGUCCGCUUCGACCCGUCGUUCGUUGUCCGACUAGCCGAUACCAUAAAAAAGUCAGGGCUGGGCGAGGAUUCAGCCUGGAAGAACUCAAGGCAGCUGGCCUGAACAAGCACUAUGCUCGGACAGUCGGGAUUGCUGUUGACCACAGGAGGAGGAACAACUCUGUGGAAGCACUUCAGCAAAAUGUUCAGCGUCUGAAGGAGUAUCGCUCUAAGCUCAUCCUGUUCCCUCGCAAGUUGACUAAGCCCAAGAAGGGUGACUCCAGUCCUGAAGAGUUGAAGUUGGCCCAGCAACUGAAGGGACCAGUGAUGCCCAUCAGCCAGCCUGUGAAGGUUGAGAAGGCCAGGGUUCCAACUGAAGAGGAGAAGAAUUACUCGCCUUUCAUCACCCUGCGUCUGGCCAGGUCCAAUGAGCGUUAUUUUGGUAUUCGCCAAAAGAGAGCCAAGGAAGCAGCAGAGGACCCAGAAGCAGCCAAGAUGGCUGCUGAGAAAAGGAAGGCUAAGGGCAAGAGCAAGAAGAAAUGAGUUCUUUCUGACUCUUGUUCCAUCCAUGAAGGAUAAAGCUAUGUUCUAUGAUGGAAAGCUCAAUGGAAA